AACGCCACGCUAUACGGGCUGUGUAACUGUUGGCUGACCGCAGUUCAACGUGAACAUUAUCGAAUAGGUAGUUCAAUUCCAGCCAACACACGAACAACGACCGACAGGCUUAUUAGUCUUUAAACGUUUGCGUAUAUAUUGAAAAAAAAAUAUUAAAACAAUGCCGGACACUGUGGUUACCGUUCAAAAUCCUGAGUCCAAACCUGGAAAACCCGGAGUGGAAAAUGGAAACGUGAACAACAUUUUCUCUUGGGUGGAAAUCAACUACAAUUACUUCAAAACCUUACCUGGGAUAUUGAAAUUGGCGCAGUUGAUACUCGGCAUAAUAUGUUUGGCACUCGCCUCGCCGGCCAGGUUACCUGGUACCAAUUGGUUCCUGUUCGUGGUCAUCAUCAGUUUCAUAGCGACGGCCAUCUGGUCGUUUGUCUACCUCCUUUCCAUCCGGGAGGCUAUCAAUUUCCCAAUCAAUUGGGUGCUCACGGAAUUCUUCAACACGCUCCUAUUGACCGUCCUGUACACGGUCGCGUUCAUCGUACAAAUUUCGGCUUGGUCCAGGCCGUACCAGUCUUAUUACAGGAACCCAAACAUAGCUGCAGGAGUGUUCGGAAUUAUCAACGCGGCUGUGUACGGAACUGGAGUGUAUCUUAUAUUUAGCGAUUGGAAAAAGUCGAGGACUGCGUCGACUGUUCAACAGCAAUAAUAUUCGCGAGGACAGAAGAACAAGCCUGCUACCUAUACAUUAAUAAAUUUGUCCCCAGACAAACGAUAUUAUAUAAUAUAAUAUCAUUACUUAUUUUAUAAUACAUUAUAUUAUAUAUUUAUAAAAUAGAACACAUCUGUUUUAUAUUUGUAGGUAGAUAAUAAUGGUAAGAUAAAUAAUUUUAGAUCGAAUCGUAAAUAUAAAUAUCAUAUCCAUAUAACUAUAAUAUAGCAUAUUAUGCACCUAUUAUAUCAUAAGGUACAUAUGAAACUCACUGCUAAUAGCCAAAACGAUAUUUAAGAUUCUUUUCACGAAGUAUACCUAUCAAAAUUUAACGCGAGUUCCUAGGAGCAUAAAAAACUAACCGUAGCAGGGUGCUGCAACAGGUAUCAUCAAAAUCCACACAUACGUUUUUACACAUUAAUGCAUUUAUGGUAGGUAAGCGUGCAAGUAUAAUGAUAUUAAAUAUUAACUCGACGUUUUUUCGAACGAUCUUUUUGCACCUCUUCGACUAUUUUUCACGAGGUUUCCUCGGCGCGUAUAUGUGUACCUGCAAUUUACAUUUAAACAAUUAUAUAUAUAUAUAGUAUUAUACAGGCUUAUAUAAUUUCACAACAAAUAGUAAAGAACUAAACUAUAUUUUAUAGACAUAUAAUAUAAUAUAUUAUGUGCAUUUUGAUUAUUUCCUAAUUGUAGACCGGACGGUGGACGUAGGUACCUAACUGUAAGCGUUUCAGACACACUGUAAACAUUUACAUUUCACUUUAAGCCAGUUAAGUUAGGGUAAUGAUGUGUUUGAUUAUUAAACGCCAAGUACGAUUGAAAUGAAAAAAAUAUCAAAAAUUGAGUACAUUUCAAAAUGUUGAAAAUAGUAAAAAAAAAACGUAUUGGAAUUGAUAAGUUUUAAGUAUAGGAAUUGAAAAAGUUUGAGCAUCGUAUAGGUAUAUUAAUAAGUUUUUUUAAGGCAAAAUUUUUAAUAUCAAAUAUGUAAUGAAUAUUGUUACUUUGUUUCAUUUUGUUUAUGAUGUGAAUAUAUUAUGUUGUAAAUUAAUGAUUUACAUUUGGUUUCCGCUAUUGGUUUUGUAUAGAAUUGGAACAAAUACAUUUUAAUAAACAGUAAACAGAUUAUAUACGUUUGAUUAGACAUCGAACGAUACUUAAAUUAUUUGUAAAUAUAUAUUUAUUUAAUAAUUUUGUCAAUCAUAAUGAUAUAAUUAUAUGCUUAUAUGUGCUUAUUUUACUGGAUACAAAUAUCUUAUAUAAGGCUAAUCCUAUGAUUUUUUUUUUAAAACCUACCUAUAUAUUUUGUUAUUUAAGUUUAUACAUCAUAAUAUAUUGUACCUAAAGUUAAUUGAAAUAUUUUUAAUUUUUGUAUUUAAUUUUUAUUACAAUUAUAAACCUACAUAUUAUAUUACUGCGUAAUUACAAUUAUAUUAAUGUCACGCA